CCUCCCCAUAGACUACAGUGUCGAGACCUAUCGAUAACACCAUACACACAGACCGCAGUGCCGAGACUGUCGACGAUAUCCUACCCACAGACCGCACUGCCGAGACCUGUCGACGACAUCAUACCCAUAUUUUAUUUAGUUUAAAUCUUCCUGCUCUCUCUCUUCUUCUCUCUCCAUCGUCCUCCCACUUCUUCCUUGGAUGAUACCCUCCUCAGCUCCCUCACCAUUCCUUCUUCGAUAUUUCGAUCGAAGUAACAACCAAACAAACUCGAACUCGAGAUGUCGUCGCCCUCGGUGACCUGGUCUGAGGAAGCUGUCGUUGGCGUCGACAGCAGCCCUGUCGCCUCAGGCCGUUCCCGCUCGGCCAGCGAGCCCUCGUCCGUUGCCGGCUCCGAUGAGCUGAUUUUUUCCGCCGCCUCCUCUCCCGCCAUGGAGUCGCUCGCUGCCUCCCUUGCUGCUUGCAAGGUCGAGGCCAACGAUGAUGCCGUUGAGUCGGGCUCUCCCAUUGUUCCGUCCGCCGCCUUGAAGGAGGAUGACGAGGUUCUUGAGACCUCCACCAGGUCUGCUGCCGCGGAGGCCACUGCCUCGACCUCUACCACCGAUCUCCGCUCAGUCUCCUGGGCUGUCGAGGUCGCUGGCGACUCUGUUGGAUCCCUCUCUGCCUCUCGCUCUGUUUCUUGGGCCAUGUCUGUCAGCGAUUCUGGCAACAGCGCUGAGAUUGACCCCCAGGACGUCUACCCGUCCACCGCGUGUGUCUUCGUCGCCAAUCUGGCUGAGCCCCGCGACGAUGUCGCUCUUGAGGCCGCUGUUACGCGCGCCUUCAGUCGCUUUGGCACUGUGUUUGUCAAGAUCCGCCGUGAUCACAACAACUUGCCGUUUGCUUUCGUCCAAUACACGACGGAGGAGGAGGCCAAGGAUGCGAUCGAGAGAGGUCGCGGCGUCCCCAUUUUUGGCCGCCCCUGCCGCACUGAGAUGGUCAAGUCCAACCGAUCUUUCAUCAUUUACAAGCGCGACUGCAGCGAGAUCCUGAUUGAUGAGGCUCGCAAGAUCAUGGAGACUUUCGGAACGGUCAGCAGCAUUGAGGUUGUUGAUGACGACACUUGCGAGCGCAUGGAUUUGCCCUCUUCCGUUUUGGUUGAGUACUCCAGCUUCAACUCGAAGAAAACAUUCAGCAUGGCCGUUGCCCUGUUCCCUGACUACUACAUCGACAUGUUCGAUGUCCGCAAGCGUGCUGCCAAGAGCAACAUUGAUCGUGACACAGAAUUUCUCCGUCAGUACGAUCUCGAUCGCCGCUCCAUCUACGUUGGCGGCCUUCCUCUUGACGCCACCGAGGAGGAGAUGUUUGAGAUCUUUUCCGAUGUUGGCGAGGUCAUCAAGGUGAACAUGGUGCAGCGCCAUAACCAAGAAGGUGCUCUUGCUCGCCAGUUUUGCUUUGUCGAGUUCGACAAGAUGGAGACGCCGACUUAUGCCAUCAACAACCGUGAUGGCAUGGUCCUCCGUGGCCAGCAUUUGACUGUUCAGCGCAAGCAGUCAAAGGUAGCCAAGACCCGUCUUGCGACCCGCUACAUCGGCAAGAAUGAGCUAACUGAGGUCAACAAGACUCAGCCUCACCACGACGACCAAGUCGCGAUUCGUCGUGGUAAUUUCACGGGCCAGAUCUACAAUGGCCCCAACAGCACAGCCAAUGCUUUGGCCCGCUAUAACAACAACGGCCCUUAUGGAUACGACCAGGGCCACCAGGGCCACCAGGGCUACCAGGGCCACCAGGGCUACCAGGGCCACCAGAUGCCCAUCCACCACCACGAGCCCCAGCAUUACCAGCGCUACGCGGGCCCCGCCAUGCCCCCAAUGCCGUACAUCCCCGGCGAUGGCGCUGCGGUUGGCAUGAGCGGCAUGCCUGUCCACCCGGCGACUGUGUCGCCCAGCUUUGCCCAGAGCUUCCCGGUCCACCCCCCAGGACACACCCCUCCUGGCAUGAUGAGCGCUUGGCCGGUCAUCACCAACAACACCCCGACCCGCCAUCACCAGGCGUACAACCCCAACCCGGCCUUCACGCCGACCCAGCGGCGCGCUCCCGACCGGAGCUGUGCCCAGCCUCGCCGAAACCACACUCGGUACUUUUACCAGCCGGCGGACGCCGACAUCGUGGAGGAGUAA